UAACUUAUGUUGCCCUAAAUUCUGAAUCAAAGCAAGCCCUGACACUUGCCGGCCUAAUCGACGACCUCUAUGGCGACCUCCGUUGGCGACCUCCACAAAUCGAAACAAGCCCUAACACUUGCCGGCGACGUGCUAGACCGUGGUGGAGAUGAGAUCAAGAUCUUCUACUUCCUUCAGAAACUGAAGCACGAAGCCGAGAAGAGUGGUCAUCACCAUGAACGGCAAUCAUGAGAUCAUGAAUGAAAAAAGUGGACUGCCGGUGACAAUGAAAUUAUUUUUUGUUGACGGUGGGAAGAUCGGUGAGAUUGGAGGACCUUGCGGUGCAGAGAGCUCUGUAUAACCCACCGCAACGAGUAAGGAUGUGCUCGGGACGGCGAGUUGAGGGAGACGGCGAGAAAAUAUGUCGGCAGCGUUUGUGGGCUUUGGAUAGCGGCAGCGGCAGAGGGUGGUGGUGAGAGCGACGUCAGAAGAUUCCCGGCGGUGGCAACAGAGAUGAUGGGAAGGCUCACGGUAGAGAGCGUGGAACAGCGGUGAAUUCUGCUGUUGGUGGCGGCUGGUUAGGCCGUGGAUGACUUGGCCUUGAAUGGCUCCGACUGACAGUGAUCAGACCGGCGGUGGCAAUGGCAAAGAGCUCGAUUGAGGGCGAGCAGGGGGCUGGGCACGGUGAUGGCUGCCUUGACUGGGUUGAAUGAAGGCUUGGCGUUUGAUGGGUUUUUUGAUGAGCUCAGUUUGUUGAGCAACAGAAGAAGCGGUCCGAUGCGUAAGAGAGUGCGGUUAUCGGAGAGGUUGAGAACAACAACCAAGGCUUCACAGUUUCAGUGAGAUGAUGGGUGAUUCAACUUGCCACCUACACGCUCCCAUAUACUAUAGAUUCAGUAGUAUAUAGACACUGAAUCCUAUUAUGUUUGAUGGUAUAUAUAUGAAAAUACACUAUCAAACAUAUAAAUAUCACAAAAAAAUAAAUUUAUAUAUAUAUAUAUAUAUAUAUAUUAAAAAGGACAGUUUGGGCAUUAUUAUAAUCUCACCAUGUGCGUGACUUUACACAUGACAGAAAAAUUGAUCCGGUGAGUCCUGGAUGUAUUUGCACACUUUGAUACUUUAGGAAAGUGGAUAAUUUAAAGAGUUUUUUUGCACUUUUACCUAAAAAUUACUCCGUACUAUAAUUAUACUCCGUAAAAAUUUAAAUCUAAUUUGAUAAGAGUAUAAUUUUGAAAUAUAUAUUGAACUAAUUGCCGCCUCGUUCCUGGGAAUCUCCCUCGCUUAGCAACUCCAACAAUUUGAGUUGCAGAGAUGAAAUCAAUCAGGAUUCAUGCGGUUUUCGAGUCUCCCUCUCUCCCAAACUCAAUGACUCACCACCGUUUUUCAUUCCGAGUUCACCCUCACAACAACUCCUCUCUUUCAGUCCUCUCCCCAACUACUUCUCCAACCCUAAAUCUUCAUCAGCUCAAUCGAAAUCGAAUUCUAACAACAUCUUGUGUGGAUGAAGCAAUAAACAUCUACAACAAUAUGGACGAUGGCUUAACAUCGGAUGACAAGAUUGCAGGCACCUUUGGCGAUCGUUCUAUUCAAAUUGCGGCAUGGAUCGGUGUGGCUACUGUUGCAAGCAAGAUUCUGGGACUACUUAGAGAGAUCACCAUGGCUGCAACCUUCGGCGUAGGUCCUGUGGCCACCGCAUUCAAAUACGCUUCAGUGCUUCCUGGUUUUUUUGCAUCACUUUUGGGCGGUGUAAAUGGUCCCAUCCAUAUUACUAUGGCCACCACUCUAAGCAAGCUUUCGGAGGAGCGUCGAAGGAGGCUGUUUAAACAUACAAAUGCUGCCAUGUUCCUGGUUGGAGGUGUUUUGGGUAUUCUUGUGUUUGUGUCUGCUAAGUUCAUUAUUCAUCUUUACGCACCUGGUUUGUGGAUCUUGACAGAAGGUCAAUUUUUGAGAGAAAUGGCUAGUGCACAGCUAAAAAUGAUGAUUCCCUGUGUAGUUCUUGCUGGCCCUGUUGGACUUGGCUUCGGAUACAUGAGUGCAGAAAGAAAUAAUAUUCUUCCCUCUAUUAGCCCUGCUUUGUCUAGUAUGCUUAUGAUUGCCUUCUGUUUCAUGUAUGCUUUUAUGAGACAAUUUAAUGUUUUCCAAUCUGGCGACGAGUUAUCUGGUGGAAUGCUUAUAUCUUUCGGAGCUUCACUUGGUGUUUUUCUACAGUGGAUUAUUCAGGUUAUAGUGCUUAGGAGAAGACAUUGCAAUAUGAUUACAGUUUCAUGGACCGAUAUUCUCAAGGAUAGGGAUGUUCACGAGUUUUUCUUGUUGCUGCUUCCAGCAACAAUCAGUUCAGGGUUGGCACAAGUCGCCUCUUUUACUGAUCUUUGUUUUGCGUCUAUGAUUCCUGGUGCUGCUGCUGGCCUUUCUUAUGCAUAUCUUCUGGUCAUGGCACCGUUGAGCCUACUCUCAAGCAUGGUUGUACUGCCUCUCUUACCUACUUUGUCAAAACUGUCAAAGACUCUAUCGUGGCCAAGCCUCACAGAGAAUAUAAAGCUAGCAGUUUUACUUUGCAUGGUAUUAAUCUUGCCUGUGUUGUCAAUAAUGUGUGUCUUGGCAAAACGGAUCAUCCGUGUAUUAUUUGAGCGCCAUGCAUUUGAUUCUGCAGCAAGCUCCCUAGUUUCUUCUUUGUUUAUUUGUUAUUCUAUUGGCUCACCAUUCUACAUCGUUAGAGAAUUGCUGGUUGCGGUUUUUUAUGCCCUUGGAGAUGGACAGCGACCUUUUUUGGUCAGUUUGGGUGCUAUUACUUUGAAUGCCAUCCUGGACUGGCUUUUUGUCUCCAGGUUCUAUCUUGGCGCACAGGGAUUGGCACUCUCAACAUCAUUUACAACUGCUUUGUCGGUCUUAAUCCUGUCUUAUCUCCUCCAGAAGAAGCUACCAGAAUUAGUGGAUUAUGCAGCACUGGCUUUUCCUCUCUUGCUUCUGUCUUUCUGCUGCUUCGUCUCCGGCUUCACUACAUCUGUUACCUAUAAUACAACGAACAAUUUGUUGUCUUCCAUCUUUAUCGGGAGGUUUUCAAGGAUUCAAGAGAUUCUUUCCAUUUGUUUGGGUGGCUUUCUUGGGAUUAUUGGCUUCUUCUUUCCACUCAUAUUGCUUCAUUUAUCAGGAUUCAAACCAGUGAGGGAUCUUGGUAGGAGAUUGAUGAAUAGACAAUAAAUUACUAGUCACUGUGAUGGAUCAUGGUACUUGGCCAAACCAGUUAGAUCAUAGAGUCUUGUUUUCCAUGUUGAAUGCUUGCCUUACUGGUUUCCUCAAAGGGGGUGGAAGCUCGUCUCAAUUUUUGACAAUAUUGAAGUUCUUAUCCUGCUGCUUCACUCUAAGAUCAGUCUCUCUGAUUCGAUAUUUCGGGCUCGGGCCUCGUUGUUUUGAGUUUGGAUUGCAAUUUGGUUCCGUAAAUUAAUUAUAAGAAUUCAUUAACAUAUUUUAAUUUAAUUAAA